CGUGAGGGCGCCAAGAUGGCGGCGGCGGCGGCGGCGGGAGGAGCCGGGGGCGGCCCCGGGAUCGGGACCGGGAACGGGACCGGGAACGGGGCCGGGAACAGCGCCGGGAGCAACGGCGGCAUGGAGGUGGAUGGGGCAGGCACGCCGCAGGUGAUGGCCGGAGGAGUGACCGGCAGCGUGGCCGUGGCCCUGGAAUUCCCAAAAUUCCCCCAAAAUUCCCGAAUUCCCCCAAAAUUCCCGAAUUUCCGCAGGAACCCCGCAGGUGAUGGCCAGAGGAGUGACCGGCAGCGUGGCCGUGGCCCCAAAAUUCCCAAAUUCUCCCCAAAAUUCCCGAAUUUCCGCAGGAAUCCCGCAGGUGAUGGCCGGAGGAGUGACCGGCAGCGUGGCCGUGGCCCCAAAAUUCCCAAAUUCUCCCCAAAAUUCCCGAAUUUCCUCAGGAACCCCGCAGGUGAUGGCCGGAGGAGUGACCGGCAGCGUGGCCGUGGCCCCGGAAUUCCCAAAAUUCCCCCAAAAUUCCCGAAUUUCCGCAGGCACGCCCCAGGUGAUGGCCGGAGGAGUGACCAGCAGCGUGGCCGUGGCCCCAAAAUUCCCAAAUUCUCCCCAAAAUUCCCGAAUUUCCGCAGGAACCCCGCAGUUCGGGGGAGUUUUGGGAAAAUUCCAGGAAUUUUGGGGAUUUUGAAGAGAUUUGUGGGGAUUUUGGAGGGUUUUGAGGGGAUUUUGGGAGCCCUGCUCGUGGACAAGGAGUACUACUACACCAAGGAGGAGCAGUUCAAGCAGGUGUUCAAGGACCUGGAGUUUUUGGGGUGGUACACGACGGGGGGGCCCCCCGAGCCCGCCGACAUCCACGUGCACAAACAGGUGUGUGAGAUCAUCGAGAGCCCCCUGUUCCUGAAGCUGAACCCCAUGACCAAGCACACCGACCUCCCCGUGAGCGUCUUCGAGUCCGUGAUCGACAUCAUCAACGGCGAGGCCACCAUGCUGUUUGCCGAGCUGCCCUACACGCUGGCCACCGAGGAGGCCGAGCGGAUCGGCGUGGACCACGUGGCCAGGAUGACGGCCACGGGCGGCGGGGAGAACAGCACAGUGGCGGAGCACCUGAUAGCCCAGCACAGCGCCAUCAAGAUGCUGCACAGCCGCGUGCGCCUCAUCCUCGAGUACGUCCGCGCCGCCGAGGCCGGGGAGGUUCCGUUCAACCACGAGAUCCUGCGGGAGGCCUGCGCCCUCUGCCACUGCCUGCCCGUGCUCAGCACCGACAAGUUCAAAACCGACUUCUACGACCAAUGCAACGACGUGGGGCUGAUGGCGUACCUGGGCACCAUCACCAAGACCUGCAACACCAUGAACCAGUUCGUGAACAAAUUCAACGUCCUCUACGACCGCCAGGGCAUCGGCCGCCGCAUGCGCGGCCUCUUCUUCUGAGAGCCCCAAAACUGCCCGAAAUCACCCCAAAAACUGCCCCAAAACAGCCCCAAAAACAGCCCAAAACCAGCCCCAAAAACAGCCCAAAAAUCCCCAAAACAAACUCAAACCCAACGUCCUCUACGACCGCCAGGGCAUCGGCCGCCGCAUGCGCGGCCUCUUCUUCUGAGAGCCCCAAAAUCACCCGAAAUCACCCCAAAAACUGCCCCAAAACUGCCCCAAAACAGCCCCAAAAA